AUGUUAUUAGCAAAGUUGUUUGUUCUUUUGGAGCAGCAAUUGGAUCUAGUUUUAGAUGGUUGUCAUCGAGUUGGACUCCAUCUUGUUCCAUGGGAUGGAAGAUUCAGACACUUAUGCUUGCCUUCUAAUGUUGACCACGAAAGAGUGUGUGCCAAACUCAUUGACAUCUAUCGUACUCGCCAUAAUAUUAGUGCAUCCAUUGGUUUGAGUGAUCCAACUAUUGCCACUGGUAUAUCUAACCUUGUUUAUGAAUCCCAACCACCACCUGCUGAGCCUGAUACACUUGAUGAUGACCUAGUAAAUGCUUGGGCAGCAAACCUUGAAAUAGUGGUAGCUAUUGCUAUUCAAAGUAUUGCAAAUAUGGAUGAAGAUGAUUGUUUCGUCUCAAAACCAAUUGAGCAUGCACUCUCUACUCCAUCAAUUGUUAGUGGCUCUGCAAAUAUAGGACCCCCUUCUCAUGAGGGACGGAAAAAUCGAUCAGAAGCUUGGAAUCAUUUCAUUCAACUAGAACCAAAAUCAGAUAAAAGGGGUCAAUGCAAGUAUUGUGAUAUCCUUAUUCGAUAUGAGAAAGAAACAACUACAAUGCGUAAUCAUGUGUUGAGAUGUCCAAAUAACCCCAAUAAAGAAGUAAACACGAGACAAAAAGUAGGUUCAUCUUCAACAAUUGAUGGAAAUAUUAGCUCUCAUUCUUAUAAUAGAUUUGACCAAGAACUUUGUCAAGAAGAACUGGUAAAAAUGUUUGUGGAAGUUGAACUCCCCUUUCGAUUUAUAGAGCAUGUUGCUUUUAGGAGGUAUUCAAAUGCUUUGCAACCAAGGCUUAAGAUCCCAUCACAUUAUACCAUAUCACAAAAUAUUGUGACAUUAUGGAAUGCAAAAAAGACAUAUUUCAAGGAUUUUCUUUCUCAACAUUGUCAAAGAGUUUGGCUCACUACUGAUGCAUGGACUUCACCUCAAACUCAAAGUUAUAUGUGUUUAAUUGCCCACUUUAUCGACAAUGAUUGGAAUUUGCAUAAAAGGAUUUUGAUUUUUCGUCGAGUAAUAAGUCAUAUCGGAGAGGCCAUGGCUAAAUUUGUUGAGUCAUGCUUGCAUGAAUGGGGGUUGAGUCAUGUUUUGACCUUGAUAGUAGAUAAUGUUACAUCAAAUGACACGGGAGCUCAACACUUGAAGAAAAGACUAUUGUCUUGGAAUAACUCGGUUUUGAAAGGUGAUUAUACUCAUAUGCGUUGUUGUGCACAUAUUUUGAACUUAAUUGUGAGUAGUGGUCUAAAAGAGAUUGAUAACUCUGUUUUAAGAAUUUGUGCUGUAGUGAAAUAUAUUAGAUCAUCUCCUUCUAGAUUUAUGAAAUUCAAAGAGUGUGUUGAAAGACAAAAGAUUGAAUAUAAAGGUCAUAUUUGCUUGGAUGUUGAAACAAGGUGGAACUCAACAUAUUUGAUGUUAGAUGCUGCUUUCAAGCAUAAAAUGGCAUUUGUUGAGCUUGAUUUUUAUGAUACAAAAUAUGCUAAUGAGUUAGGAAAGGGGAUUGGAUUUCCUUCUUAA